GCGCCGUGGGGCCUGCGGUUGGCGUGACUGACUCUGCCCACUUCUACCCACCUCCUCCCCACCCUGCGCCAGGACGCCAUGAAAGAUUCCCUGGUGCUGCUGGGCCGUGUGCCGGCGCACCCGGACUCCCGCUGCUGGUACCUGGCCUGGAACCCGGCGGGGACCCUGCUGGCCUCGUGCGGGGGCGACCGUAGAGUCCGCAUCUGGGGCAGAGAGGGUGACAGCUGGAUCUGCAAGUCUGUCCUUUCCGAUGGUCACCAGCGCACGGUGCGGAAGGUGGCCUGGUCUCCCUGUGGGAAUUACCUGGCCUCUGCCAGCUUUGAUGCUACCACUUGCAUUUGGAAAAAGAACCAGGAUGACUUUGAGUGUGUAACUACUCUCGAGGGCCAUGAAAAUGAGGUCAAGUCAGUGGCCUGGGCCCCAUCUGGCAACCUUCUGGCCACCUGCAGCCGAGACAAAAGCGUAUGGGUCUGGGAAGUUGACGAAGAGGAUGAGUAUGAGUGCGUCAGUGUCCUCAGCUCCCACACCCAAGACGUCAAACACGUGGUCUGGCACCCCAGCCAGGAGCUGUUGGCCUCUGCCAGCUACGAUGACACAGUGAAGCUCUAUCGGGAGGAGGAGGAUGACUGGGUAUGCUGUGCCACCCUUGAGGGCCAUGAAUCCACCGUGUGGAGCUUGGCCUUUGACCCCAGUGGUCAGCGCCUGGCAUCUUGCAGUGAUGACCGUACCGUGCGCAUCUGGAAGGAGUAUUUACCAGGCAACGCGCAAGGGGUGGCGUGCAGCAGCUCUGACCCCAGCUGGAAAUGUAUCUGCACCUUGUCGGGGUUCCACUCCAGGACCAUUUACGAUGUCGCUUGGUGUCAGCUAACAGGGGCACUGGCCACAGCUUGUGGGGACGAUGCCAUCCGAGUAUUUGAGGAAGACCCCGGCUCUGACCCCCAGCAGCCCACCUUCUCUCUGACAGCCCACUUGCCUCAGGCCCACUCCCAGGAUGUCAACUGUGUGGCCUGGAACCCCAAGGAGCUGGGGCUCCUGGCCUCCUGCAGUGAUGACGGGGAGGUGGCUUUCUGGAAGUACCAGCGACCUGAAGCCCUCUGAGGCGUCUCUUCUUCAGACAGAGUCCUGGCUCCCUAGAGGAUAUCACAAGACUUGCCCUGCCUGAGAGGACCUGGAGGGCCACCUUUACCCUUCCUUUGACUUCUCUCGUCACUCAGACUUUGGUAGAAGCAUGGAGCUGCCUGACCGUUGGCUCUGGCCCCCGUUACCGGCUCCUUGGUGAAGAGCUGCAGGCGAUGAGAACGUUUGUUGUUACGCCACAGGUUUUGCUUGCUUUAGGGCAUAGGGAGAAAAGUGUUGAAUUUUGUGGGAGGGAACAUUGUCUGAAAUUUUAAGUUUUAUAUAAAUAAUCCAUCCAAGUCCCAAGGCCUAUUUUAUAUUUAAGGGUAGUCCCAGAAGAACUGCAUGGUGAGUCCUUUUCUGAGAUAGGUUGUGCCUCCCCAGUGUCUGGGCAAAGCCUUGCAAGUAACACAGUCAAUAUUAAAAGAGGCUGUUUUUCCUGAUGUAGGUUUGUGUAGCGUAAGGGACACCUCCAGUUUCCCUUAGAAACUCCCCUACCUUCUGAGCCAUUAUGCUGUGAUGUGAACAGGGGAAUGCUGAAAAAUAAAUAGGGGAAGACAUGAACCCCAAAAGGGAGUUGUUAUUGGCCACAGGCCAGACAUUCUCAACAGGGAUAAAAACUGGUUCUUGGGUUGAGGGCAAAAUCUGAAAGUGCAAUCGUUUGUGGUCCUCUAAGUGGCCACUGUAUACAUUGUACAUCCGUAACAUGUAGGUGUCAUGGGCAAUUAGGAAAAAGGUGUCUAAUAAAGCUCCCUGUUGGUAGUUGCUGUCAAUUCCAAUUCAUGGCGGCCCCCUAGAAGGUUGAGAAACAUGGCAGUAGGCAGUCAGCUCUUCAGUCAGAUUGUCCUCUGACAGUCACUUCCAAAUGGGUUUUCACUAUAUGACAGUCUCCAAAGCUACAGUCUUCACUAAUUUUUUACAUUACAGAAAUGACCUUUCGUUUUCAAGACAGCUGGGGGUGACACCUGGAGUAGUGGUCCUCAAAACGUGGUCUGUGGAUCCCCGGGAGUCCGAGGCUUUGAGGGGAUCGACGGUUGGUGUCUUGGCGUGAAUCAAGGCAGUAGCGUGAAACUAUUAGGAACAUGGUCUUCCCAGCCACACAGGAAAAAUACUGCCAAACCAAAAAGAAACCCCACAUCUGUUGUCAUCGAGUUGAUUCUGACUCAUAAUAUUGCCAGUCUCACUUAAAAAUGACCCUGAUAAAACCAAUAAAAAUUUUUUAAAAAUCUAGACCCUUGAGAACACUUGUAUGACAAAAUGGGAAGUGUUAGGAUUGAAUUGUGUCCCCUAAGACAGACUGAGGUUCUGACCCCCGAGAGCUGUGAAUGUGACCUUGUUUGGAAAGAGGAAGAUGUUACCAGUCACCAUGAGGUCACAUGGAGCAGGGUGGGUCCUAAUCCAUGUUGAGUGAUGUCCUUACAAAAGAGACAGGCGGCCAUGUGACCACGGAGUCCUGCUGCGCCUGCGAGCCAAGGAGCACCGGUGCUGCCAGAGCUGAGAGGGACAAGGAUGGAUCUAGAGCUUUGGAGAGAAAAUGGCCUGGUUGGCACGUUGGUUUGGACUUCUAGCCUCCAGAACUGAGACGAUAAAUUUCUAUUGUUAGAAGCCACCAAGUUUGUGGUAUUUUGUUACAAAGGCCGGCGACACUGAUACAGGAAGCACGCCUAAAGCACUUGUGCACAUUGAAGUACGGUAGUAGUCACGAGGAGACGAUCGUGUGAUUGAGUUGCAAGCUCAGCUGUGUUGUUCGUGGCACACCAUUUUUACUUGGAAGAACUAGCAAAUUCUGGUAUUUGGACUUGACUGUUUGGCAUUUUCUCAAAAAUAACUGAACAAACCUCUUGCUUCAAGGGAAACAACUGAUAGUACUGCCAACGAUAAAGCAUUUGAGGAAAAAGUACAAGUUUUGAAAACGUGGAUUGCCACUGUGAACUUGACAGCUUCCUGGUAUUUAAAGGCUUUUCUGAUGGGAUUGGUGGUGCUAUUACACAAAUGUGUUUUUUUACAUUGUACAAUGAGACAUGUCAGCAUUUGGAAGAUACGCUGAAUCCAGUGAACCAACGUUUCCCAAACGAUCAACGCGUGUUACAAAAUCAUUCGUGUUAAGAGGGCUAUUCAGAGUGUCAACGCGUGUUACAAAAUCGUUCGUGUUAAG